GUGCAAAGACCACUUCUGCCACUGCGCCACCACCAUCCAACAAGACCUCUCCAGUGACGCGGACCAAAGAGCGGGAGCGUCGGGGAGUGUCGACCACUGGGGGACGCAAAAAGCCCGGGAAGAAGGCUUAAGUGCUGUGCUCAUCUCUCCUACGCACGCACGGACAAUCUGCUUGAGGCACAGACAGGUGGCAGAGCAGCAACAGGCAUAUCUUCUGUCUUCACAGUGACCAGGGAACAGUUCUCUGCUCUCUGGGUGCGGCAGGGGCUGUUCUCAGGAUGAAUGUUCAGAAUUUUAUACUGACCACAAAAUGGAACAGUGUUUGAUGGGGCCUGGAGAUUGGAAAAGUAACAUUCUUUUAUAAAAAUAUAUAAAGGAAGAUGUGCUGAUAAAUAGUUCAUAAGUUGGCUGACUGUUCUGUCUAAAGAAAAGGCAAAAAUCAGUUUUUUGGUGGCAAAAUGUACCCUGGUCCAACACAAGUUUUGGGAACCUCUGCGAGCGCAUAAACGCAUAUUGCUCGUCGUGAACACUGAGCUUGGUGAUGAGCUGCCUGGACACAGUGAAACCCGUUGUAGAAUUUCAUACAUAACAGUACCUAUUGGAUGUCUUUGUCAUUUUUCUGCUGUCUCGAGGCUGAGAAGCGGAAGCAACAGUUUUUUCUUGGAGUUGUGUUCACGGUGAAUGUAUUUUACCAUGUUCAAUUAGAACAAACUUAACAUUACGAAGUUGUCCUUGCCACACGGUUCUGUCUGUCUGUCUGUUGUGUUGAUGUGCGAAAUGACCUGUUCCCAGGAGGCAUAGGUAGUCUUUGAAUAUUUUGAUAGGUUUACUGCAGGAGACAGUAACAUACAAAUUAUUUUCAUCACAGACAUUACAGUUUUUAUCGUACUCUUGACACUCACCUUAUACAUGAUGAAAAUUUAAGGAUUUUAAUGACUUUUUACAUUUUCUUUAUAUUGUCCCUAGUGCACUUCCAUCUUUUCGUUGGGGCUCAUUUUGUAUUUUUCUCCAAGUUUCUGUUGACUGAUGGGAGAGCACUAGUGCAAACGCAACGAGGUAUCGCUCGUGUACUAUUAUGAUACCAUACACCAAAAGUAUUGUCAGAGUUUGCAAAGUGUGUAGGUUAUAGUUUAUUGUAUUCCCCCUCUGUUCUGUGAAUAGUGCAGCACUGGUACCAUGUGUGAAAAGCUAUUCUUUUAUAUAACUAGAACUUGUAGUUGAGGAUUGGGUCUGUGGGCAGUGCGGGACGAAGAGGCAUUUACGAGAUUUUUUCUUUUCUUUUCUUUUCUUUCCAUAUGUAAAAUUUGGGAAUUGAUAUAUUUUAUUGCAAUCCUUAUAAUAAGAAAAAGAAUUAUGUUUUAAGAGAUACAUUUUAGAAAUGUUAUUAUUACUGUGCGUAUGAAACAAGCACAUUUCACGAUUGUCUUAAGUCUUUAUAGAAAAGUGUUAUUGUUCUCCAGAGCCUGAAAGGAGGAACAAAAUUAUGAUCACAUCAGCCCUGUUCUUUACACAAGUAGAAUGUAUUUUAGGUAGAGCUGAAUAACACAGACAUUGUAGAAUGUGCCAUGUUUCUUAAUAAAUCACUUUUAGAAAGGAAUCAAGGUCCUUACAGAAUGAGACUCCAGAGCUCGAAUGCCCCGAUGCGCCAACACAGAUCAAAAUUGCAUUAAGAGGGUUAUUUUGUCUCUACUACUGUGUAGUAACAAUGGUGUGUGAAGUGUGUGUAUGUGCGAGUGCAAGAAACAAAGCUAAAUGUUGCAGAUGGAAGUUCUCUUUUAGUUGAAUAGGGAUGUUUUAGUGUAGAUGGAAAUAGGAACACCAUUUCUUUUUGUAUCAUGUUGUAUUGAGUGAAUCUCUGUUUGUGAAUGUAAGAAUAUGUUGAAUUUUGUAUUGAGCAUUUAAUGUGGCCAAUAUUCAUAUAAAUUUGUGAAAGUAUCAAUUUUCACUGGGGAAGUUGUAUGUAUAUAUAGUAUUUCUAACUCUUUGACUGGGGAAGGCAGUGAUCUACUUAAACCAGUACAAAUGUGUGCAUAUAUUACAGAAGAAUAAAAAGAGGGCAGAUGGUCUUUGGAUAGUGCUGCACCCAAGGCUGGCCUUUAUCAACUUCAUUAACAUACUUUUAAUUGCAUAUUUUUACUGAAAUUUGGGAAGGAUGAAUUUCAAAGAAAACUGCUUCACAGUUGUGGCAACAUUUUGGUUUUUCUUUGUGUGGUUUUGUUGCAGGGAAUUCAAAUUACAUUAAUAAUGUACGAGGGGGGGGGGAUAUAUAUUUAUAUGUAUAAGAUAUUCAAUCUAUGCUCAGGAAAGUGUGUUAAUGACGUUCUAUGAAGGGUCAUUGUGUAUAUGCUUCCAAAUAUCUUGUGCACAUUCUUUUUGUUUUUGUGAUGUAAGGGGAUGUCUUAUUAACUUGCAAUUAAGUUGCAAAUUUGUUUAUAUUUGCAACAUCAUGGAGGGAAAGGUUUAUAGUAUACAACAGAUUGUCCUUGAUCAUAGAUUUAAUUGAAUGAAAAUGUUUUCUUUUUGUGGAAUUAUUUCUUGUUUUUCUAUUUGUGUUAGAUUCAUGUCUUCACUUUAUUUUAAAAGUUUUGUUUGCAAGAUUUUGGCGUGUUUUUGAAGAAAAGAAAGAAGAAAAAAGAAAUUACCCUCGUGCAGUUAUAAAAAUUUUCCAACUCAUAUUUCAGCAUUUAAUAAUCUUUACAUCUUAAAUCUUUGUCAUUUAGAACAAAUAAAUUAGAGUUCAGAAUGUUUGCAUGGCAGACAGAACUAAUUGCACGUCAUUGCUGUUGCUGAAUGGAAAUUCUACUGAUCCUAAGAAUUUAUGGUGAGUGACAUGAGGACUUGAGUCUCAUUCUGACAUGUGGACGGAGUGUUCUUAUAUUAUACAUAUAGAGCAAUUGCCCACUUCUGUUUCAUUUACUCCCACAUGGGUUGCCACUCAUGAAUUCCAAUCAUAUUGAAAUAAUUUGAGGAGGUAGGUUAAUUUGACUUAUUUCCUUCCAGCUUUGCAGUAGUUGUGUAAGGGAACAAAUAUUGAUCCAAUUUCUUUUUGCAGUUUUUGUUUUUGUGUGAUAUUCAUGCUCUUUAGUGAUGUGGUAAUUUAUGAAAUACUUUUUCAUGUUAGCAAUUGGUAAUAUGAAAAUAACAUUUUCAGAACUCAUAAUUUGCAUGAGUAAAGUUUUCUCCAAAAGUAGCAAUAAGAUAAUCAAGAAAAUAGAAUUUACGUCUAUAGCCAUGUUGCAGAUUUAUAUGUAUAGUAUAAAGUACACAUAACUUGGACAAUGUGUCAAUUCAAUAUUUAAUAUUUUAACAAGCCCCAAGAAAACAUUGGAGUCUCAAAAAGUCCUUGUUUAUCCAAGUUCAUAUUUGUUGGGUCAGUGAAGAUACAGUUUCUAAGCUCGCAUCACCUUAGCAGUUGCUUCAUCCAUAAGUUUUUACGAAGCCUAGUUAUUUUGUAAAUGUAAAGGAAUUUUUAAAAAAAAUGUAAUUCUAUUAUCUUUUAAAUACAAAGCACUAUUUAACAUUGUACAUUUUUGUGUGCAUGUUUUCUCAGUGUCAAUCAAAAUUUUUUUUUUUACCCUCUGCAUAAUUUACUAUAGUAGGGAGUCCAUCAAUAACAUAAAAAGGGACCAAGUGACCUACUUUGGCUGUUUCUGCUGCUUCGGCUGGGCUGGCUGUGGAGAGCCGGGCUGCCUGUUCCUCAGCAGUCUUUCUUCCUCCAACCUCUUUUAACCCUUACUGCAACUCCUGAGGUGAUGGGUGCAGGUGACAAGGGAACUCAGUAGAACUUUGUUAUCCGUGUCUCCAGCCCCCACACUUUACCUGUGCGAUAGGUAAUUUUCUCGCAAUUUCUAAACAAUUAACAUUGUAAAUUAAUAGCAUUCUUUUAAAAUUGUGUGUUGUGGGGGGAGGGGUGCUUUUUAAAUGUGAAAUUUAAUGCACCGAGGAAUUUGUAACCUGUUAUUUCUGAACUUUUUGCUUGCGUGCAUUUAAAUUUUUAGACCAGAUAAUUAAGGUUCUACUGUGCUUCAAAAUAUCAGAACAUAUUUCUCCAGACUAAAAAAAAAUGUACCUUCUUGUUUGUUUCCAAGGUCAGCAGUUGCUUUCAAACAUUUGAACAGCCAUUAGCAUGAACUUUAUGGCUGCACAGGAUCAAACUAUUUUUGUAUACUGACAUGGAAAGUCUGCCUUACCGAUAACAUAGCUAAGGGAAUCAGUGUCUUUUGUAUUGUGGGCUGGCAACACCAGUGGCGCCGCAUUGCGGCUGCCCAGUCUGUAACAUACUAUGCAAGCUGCAAUCUUCCCUGUACAGCCAUGUGGCACUAGUGUAGCAACUGGUCUAUGGAUAGUGUUUUGCCUUAACUGACUUGAAUUACCUGUUAUAUGUACUGGAAAUGUUACUCCCAUGCAAUAUUAAGACACUAUGGAAGUACAAAUAUGUGUUGUCUUUGUAGUCUCUCCAGUGGCGUAGCAGAAUAUAAUCUCUUUCUGUAAGAUAUGCCGAGAUAAUUACAAAUAACAAUUACAUUUUCUAUUUAAUAAUAUGCAUGGAUAUUUUCAUUCACAAGAGUAAAGGCAAAAUAGCACACUAAAGUGUGGUUGAAAAGAAUUUCUUGGACUCCUGUUCUCAGUUCCCUAGCAGCAACUGCCUCAAAACUGUUGCGCCACUGACAGGCUUUCUGCCAGUGCAACUGCACCUCCACUCUCAUCCCACUCCCUAACCACACCUUUUUCUUUGCUGCUUCUCAUGGGGAAACAGAAACCUCUCCACUCUUGAUUAGCAACAGUUAAAUUGAAACCUAUUCCCAAUUCAUCAGCCACACACUUGUUACUAUAUUGCAGCUUUGUGAGCGUAAGUCCCAUUCCUCAGAGUUAAAGAAGAGGUGAUUAAAAACACCUCUAGAAAGUCUUAAUAAUGGCAACAGAUUUAAUUAACAUUUGUAUAUAAAAAAUUAAGAGAAAAGGAGAAUGAAAGAAUAUAGUAAAAUCUUGGAUAACCAAGUUUGAGAUGAUGAAUUGCAACCAAUUCAGGAGGGGGGGGGGGGCGGUAAAUCAAAUUAUAAAUUGCAAAACUACUCUGGAACCGUAUAAGCCAUAGAAACCAAUAUGUUCAGCAUGCUGAAGGUAGAACAAAUUUGUCAAUUUUUCUUAUGCAAUCAAAGCUUCAAUCACAAGAAUAAGAGAAUAUUAAAUUAUACAACUGAUUGUAAAACCAGUUCACAAAUACUAUUAAAACGAAAGUAGGGCACAACCCCUAAACUGAAAAAAUGUUUCUGAAGGGGGAGAAAGUACAAUAUGUAUGGGAUAUAUAUAUA